AAUUUGGGACAUUUACUGAGAAUAGAGCAAAUCUUUAUUUUUAAACCGGCGGCGGCGGCAUCAGAUCGAUCGCAGUAGGUACUUGCUGACAUUCAUAAAACAGAAACACGGCCAGCGAGAGACGCUGCAAACGUCAGUAUUUUAUUUACGUGAAGAGCACAGCGAUACCCGUUCCGCUUCUAUUUUCGCACUAUAUCGUUUAUUAUGAGGGCCGAUUCCACGCCGCGGCAUGAGCACACUGAGGGAGUCGCGCAGGCCACUCCACCGCCUGAUAUUAUAUUCUGGAGCACGCCGCCUCACCUCGCACUAGAUAUUUCGAGUGUUGCUUCUACCACCUAUGAAUUUAUCUAGUCUCAGUCACAGAACACGACCGGUGCAGCCGCCCGCAUCGCUAAAUAUACUUAUAAGCGUUAAACGUGUACUUUUAAACCCCAUAACCAUUGUAACACGUAUUUGAUAUCGCACGACGCACGUGAUCCGCGAUCCUACCAAGCUAAAUUAUUGUAGGAUCGGAUACAUAUACUUGGAUAUGCUGUGUUUCUCUUGUAUACAUAUCUAUGCAUUGUGACUUCAUAAGUGGCACAUCGAGUGCUCAUUUUUUAUAUAUAAUCUAGAAGUAAAGAAGAUGAGUAUAGAAGACAAAUCUGGGAGUACAGGAGUUGUACGUGGAUGGGGGUGCACGCCUACUGACGAGUCGCCUCCCGCAGCUAUCACCAGCAAUGACCGUUCAAUAACAAAAUGUUGGCCGAAUGCUUUUAUAAAAGGUUGGAGGAGAACUGCCUUAUAUGCCAUUAUCGUGGUACUUAUGAUAUUAGUAUUCCUAAAUAUAGCACUGACAUUGUGGAUUAUAGGAACUCUGAGACUGAGUAUGAAAGGAAUCGGUCCAAUGAAAAUAGUGAAAGAUGGAAUACAUUUGGAAGGACAGGCGUGGAUACUUGAUAACCUAGUCGCGUCGUCAAUAACAUCGCAAAUGGCUCAGCCCAUAACAAUACGGUCUCAUCGGAACUUUACCGUACUUGUACAUGAACCGGAGUUACUGGAACAAGCCACAUUUGUUAUAAAGCGUGACGGCGUAGAAAUCAGUGGUCGCACGUUCGAGGUUCGUGAUGCACAAGGCAACAGCGUAUUUCGAGCAUCCAAGGACGAGGUCCGUGUACAAGCCAACACUAUGACUGUGAAUGGUGUGGGCGGACUCACUGUGCGGAAUGCGGUGCAGGCACCCCAUGUUAGAGCACCUCCCGGCUCUGAUUUAGUAUUGGAAUCACUAACGCGCCGUCUAGAUCUACAAGCGCCCCAGUCUAUAUUGUUCGAGAGUAGAGCGGGCAACAUAGAUAUUAUAUCACAUAGCGACAUCAAACUUAACUCUGUGGUCGGUGCGAUUAGAAUUAAUGCAUCGAAUAUAAUCAUUGGUAAUCUCAAAGAAGCUACAAUAGUGAAUGAAAGCCCAAAGAACACUUGGACUAAGAAAGUGUAUCAGUUAUGCGCGUGCGCAACUGGCAAGCUGUUUCUGGCUGCAUCCGACGCAUUAUGUGAAACUCAAGACGAGAAAGUAUGUCGAUGAUAAGAAGUACCUUUAUACUUAUUAAUAUACACAAUUCUAUUGCAAUGUAAUCAUAGUUACAAAAAGCAAUGCAAAGCAAAAAUAUUAGUUGCGUAAAUAUUUUGUGUUUUUUACACGAAUUGCAUUAUUAGAUAAUUGUCUAUAUUUGUGCCACACUAGGUAUUUAAACAUUUACAUAUUAUCGUUAGACUAUUCGGGGUGCCAUAUUGUCUCGUGUGCCUACAUUAAUAAAUGUGUCAAUUUUUAUAAGUAACUAUAUAAAAAAAUGUAUGAUAUUAAUAUUUAUAAACAUAUUAAUAGUUCGUUCCCAAAACGAAUAGUAUAGUGAAUGGUUUAACAUUAAUAAUAAAGAAUUGAAUAAGAUUGACGGUAAAGCUAUGAAGAAAAAUAAACCGCUGUACCUAAAUGGUAUUUUCAUUUCUGUAAAAUUAGAAAGGUAGCUAUUAUAUAUAGAACAGUUACAACUUUACAUUUGCAGUAGUAAUUAUAAGAUCUUACAAGAAACUAUUAGAAAAAAAUAUCACAUAUUAGUUCGCGAGCCAGAACCUAAUCACAUCAAUCAUUUGCUCUCGGCCGAAAACUUCUAAAAUAGUUAAGGUAAUUGUGUUAUGAAACCUAGUGAAAGUCAGCUUCGGUUCCGAGGGUGGAAGAAGGAGAUAUAUAAUAGACCUAGAAGAAGACAAAAAUGAAAACUGUGUUAGAAUAAACAGAUGUUAAAGCAGUAUAGAAAGAUUUAGGUAUAUUUGUUUAACUAAUCAAGUGUAGAGGAUCUACAAAAGAAAAGAAGGGGACUAAAUUCACUUAUGAAGAAUCGUCUAUGAACCAGACAAAGAAAGCAAAAAUGUUCCAAAAGAAAAUUGAAGGCAGGAAAGAUCUCACCAAAAGAAAAAGCUAAUGAUGUGUAUAAUUAUUAUCAUAAUUAAUUUGAUAACUGAAUGUGUAUGUUAAUAAAACUAAAAUAAAUAGCUGGCUGUCUCGCGGGCUAUUCAUUGUGUGCAAUGUUGGCACUUCUUGUGUCGAUUCUUUAGGAUGUUGUUGUCGUCAUCGGAGGGUUUAAAAUUUUACCUUUGAUGCUGGUCUGGACGCUCCUAUUGCGAUAGCCGAUUAAAUAGACUGUCUAUAAUUCGUUCCUUUCUCUUGUAAUCUUUAUUUUUCAUUUACUUAUAUGUAUAUCAGAAGGACUGCUUUUAUACAUUAGGUAUAUUUUUAUAUGUAAUUUAAUUUAUAUAUAGUAGUGUUAGUUAGUUAACUUUAACAUUUUUAUUGAGUCAGUGAUAGAACAAUUUUUCUAAGAAAACACGUA